AUGGACUUCACGACGAUUCUCAAUCGCAAGAAUUCUGCCGCCGCUGCCGCAGCCGCCGCAGAAGCUCAACUACAUCAUCAAUAUAUGCAAACCGCUCAAUUGGGUCAAUCCACCAUGAAGGCGGAACCAGGUGCCUCUGAUAAUCCCGUCACCGCAUACCCUCCUCAUCCUCCCCCGGGCGUCUCCAUGGACCAAGGAUUAGCCGACUCAUUCUACUACGGGCAGAACGCCGCGGCGCCUCCGCGGAAUAUGGGGUAUGUGCCCGGAGGUUACGCUGGUGAUUCGCAGAUGCAGCAGCAGCAACCACCCCCACCACCACAGCAACAGCAGCAGCAUCAGCAGCAGCAAAUGCAGUCUGGCAAGCCCGGUGGCGAUGCGCCUGCGAAGACAUUCCACUGCGCGACUUGUAACAAGGGUUUCGCUCGACGCAGCGACCUUGCGAGACACGAGCGCAUUCACACGGGCAUUCGCCCCCACGCCUGCGAAUGGCCGGGCUGUGGAAAGCAGUUCAUUCAACGGUCGGCCCUGACGGUUCACUCGCGAGUUCACACCGGCGAGAAGCCUCAUAUGUGUGAGCGAUGUGGCAAGGUAUGCCUUUUCCCUGGCCGGACUUCCAGCCGUCUCCUUUCGCGCGGCGGUUCAAGUACUCACGCGGCAUCGUCACAGCCCUUUAGUGAUUCCUCGUCCCUCGCCCGUCACCGUCGCAUCCACUCCGGAAAGCGACCCUACAAGUGCCCGUACGCCAAUUGCCAGAAAACCUUCACGCGCCGAACCACGUUGACCCGCCACCAAAACCAUCACACGGGAACGAUCGAGGAAGCGGCGGCCGAGACCGAAGCCAAUCUGCGCCAGAACAAGGAGCGAGGCCGCGGUCCCGAGGGAAUGUUUCCCGACCACGCCUCGAUUCACUCGACACCCUCUCCGUCUCAUCAUCCAUCCUUGUCUCCCGGAGAGCUGCCUCCCUUGACUAUGCAUCGCUCCGCCGAUUACUACAUGGGUACCGGGUCUCUUCCUCCUCAUAUCCGCGGCGACUUUGGCCAAGGCAGCCCCCGAGCGUCCCCGACGGCUAGCUCCCCAUCCCUCUCGAGCUAUGGGAGUGCGCCUCACCCACGGCCCUCGAUGACUUCCAAUCCGUAUGGCCCGCCGCAGCCCUUGGAGCCUCCUGCAAACAGCGACCAUCGCCCCAACAGCGUCAAUGGUAGUCCCCAUAUGACCAGUCUGGGCUGGGCUUCUCCUUCUCAUGGCAACAUGCCUUCACCGGGAUCCGUGAAUGACUUUGCCUAUCCCGAGCCCGGUCAUUCGUCCUAUCCGACUUCCAUGCCUCCUCAUAUGUAUUUCCCCAACUCCACCAUCCGUCGUCCCAAUAGCACUGAGCCGGAUAACUACGAAACAAAGUCCCGGAUGAAUGAGCACACUUGGUCGACCGCGGUGUAA